AUGCCAACUUUGAAAAGACGAAGUGCGGAGAAGAGGCAGCAGCAGCUGGAGGAGCUGGAGAAGCUCUGUGCUCGCCAGCAGCUGAGGGUUGAGCAACUCACCAGACAAGUUCAAGAGCUGACGACUCUCUGCAGACACCUGGAAAUCGACAGAGGGGCCGCACAGCGGGUUGCAAAUGAAGCGCAAACAACCGCAUCAGACGCCGUUGCGCGCCUCCAAGCCGUCGAGCUUUCUCGUUCUGGGGUGGAUGCUGAACUUGAUAGACUUAGAGGGAAUGAGGCGCUAUCACUUAAGCAGCUGGCGGCUGCACAAUUGGCGCAAGAGGAGACGGCAGAGAAGCUUGCGAGUGCGGAAGCAGAACGGCGAAGGCAGGAGCAAUAUAUAUUGAAGUCAGAGGUAGAGGCUGCCAGAAUCAGGGACGAGCUGGCUACAGCGACUAGGAAGCUAGCCACUGCUGAGUCACAACUCGCCACAAGUAUCCGCAAACAGGAAGAGACUAGAAGGGAGUUGGAGAGGACGAAGACAAGAGCGGAGGCAGAAGCGAACGCGGCAGAGAAGCGCCACGAGCAGAUUUGCGGGACAUUGCAGCAUAAGAUCGCAGAAUUGCAACAAGAGGUAUCUGCAGCGGGGGCAGCACUAGUGAGGAAGGAGGCGGAUUUAGAUGCUCUGCAUCUGCAUAUUACUAGCUUGGAGGUCGAGUGUCAGCAGUACAAGGCCCAUAAGGAAGCUCUAGCAGAGUCGGUGGCAAAGGAGAGAGAAAGGCAGCAGCAACAGCAGCAGCAGCUGCAAGAGCUGCGACGGAAGGAGGAGACAUGCCGUGCUGCCGCAAUCCAAGCAGAGGCACAUUUUCAGGCUGAGAGAGACAGCAGAAAACGGGAAAGUGAGAUACUUGCAGACAUGAUUAAAGAAAAGGAAGCCGCAGCAUCACAACGGGACCAGCUGAUGCAAGAGGCAUCCACGGCAAAGGCUCUGCUGCACCAGUUGGAGCAGCAGCAGCAGCAGCUAAAGCAACGAAUACACGAGACAGAAAUGCGGGAGAAAAAGUUAAGGGACGCGGAUCAGCAGAGACAGCAGCAGCAGCUCGAAAGAGACAUAGAGGCGAACAUGCAACAGCUCGCGGAAAGAGAAAAAGUAGAGGAGGCCCUUAGGAGGACUCAGGAAGAGCUGAAGGCUACAACACAUAAGGUGCAGGAACAGCAGCAGCAGGUCCAGCUCUCUCAGCAGCAACUGCAGCAAAUGAAGCAGCAACAGCAGGAAGCACAGAAGAAAGCAGACGCAUUGCAGCAGCAACUUCAGAAGCAGCUCCAGGAGCUGCAGGCACAGCAACAAGAGGCACUUAAAGGUAAGGAAUCCUUGCAACAGCAACAACAACAACAGCAGGCAGAUAUGCAGAAGCAGAAGGCAGCACUGCAGCAGCAGCAGUCAGAGAUGCAGAAGCAGAAGUCAGCACUGCAGCAGCAGCAGUCAGAGAUGGAGAAGCAGAAGUCAGCACUGCAGCAGCAGCAGGCAGAGAUGGAGAAGCAGAAGGCAGCACUGCAGCAGCAGCUAGAGGCUGCACAGCGAAAAGUGAGCGAGGCUGAGGGGGCUUUAAAGAGAGUGCAGGAAGACAAGGCGCAAGAGGGCAACGCAGGAGCAGCAGCAGCUGCAGUUGCACAACAACUAGCCGGUCUGCAGAAAGAACUAGAAACUGCUUUGGCCGACAUUCGGGCAAAAGCGGCCGAAGUUCAACAACUUAAAGAGACAGUCUCCUCUCUGGAGCAGCGGCUUGCCAAGGCGGAGGCGCAGCGAGAUACUGCUCAGCAGCAACUCAAGAAGACACAAGAGUCGAUGCAGCAAAAGCAGCAUGCUACAGCAGAUGCCGCAGAAAAAAUGAAGAUCGAGAAGGAAUCAAGUGCAAAGGAGGCAGCAGCACAUGCCGCUGAGGUCAAAGCUCUGAUGGAAAAGCAGCGUGAGGCAGAGUCUGCCGUCACUAUGCUAAAGAAGCAAAUAGAGGCACUACAGCAGCAGCUGCGGGCGGCUGAAGAAGCCACUAGGGCCUCAUCUAGUGCUGAGGAGGGAAAAGGGGGCCUAUCCGCCAAGGAAUCGAAGCAAAAACUUCAGCAAGAGGAAGAACCAGAGAAACACAAACUUCAGAAGCAGCGGGCAGAGCUGGAUGAGGGGGAAGUUGUAGCGGCUGCUGCAACGAACAACGUGGACGCUCUUAAACAAAUCAUUGAAACAAGAACCAACAAGCUUAUAAGAGCAAGGGAAAGGCACCUCGAGGUUAUUGAGAAACACAAUAGGCUCGUGCAAAAGUAUAACACCCUUUUGGAUGAUUUGGAAAGAUUUGUAAAGGAUUCAAAUGACAGGUCCCCAAUUAUUGACCGCAUAUGGAAUGCUGUACACAAAGGUCAAAAGCGCGAGACUCGUGGUGGCGGUUUGCUGCAUGUCACCAAAAUGGUGUCGAGCUCCAAAGGGGGCCCCCAGGAAGCUUCACCGGCACGCUCUGCUUCUCCAAGCGGCAGCAGAUCGUCUGCACCAGCCGAAGAAAAGCACAAGCCUCCACCUACGGCUGAACCGCCACAGGAUGCUGACGACAAUGAUCCCCCGAGCAGUGGAGCCUCGACGCCCCCACAGGAGCAAAACGGAGGAGGAGGCUGGUUUUCUGGGUGGUUUUAG